CUAACCAUAACCACAGAGAACACAUACACUUUAAAUACCUUUCUGUCGUGCAUAGAGUCGGUUGAUCAAACUUUAUUUCACUCAGUGACACCAUCAUGGGAUGCUCAUGGCUGUUGAUUUUGGGUCUUGUCCUAAAUGUUGCUCACUGCUUGGAAAUUCUGGGUGAAGAGCAGAUUCUUGAGAUCACAAAAAACGUCACAGGAGUCUUGGGAGAAGACGUGUACCUGAGCUGUAGCUAUCUGGGGGAGAGCGAGAUCAUCAACGCCCAGUGGAAACGGCAGAUUAUUGCUAAUUCUAAAGUUAAGGCCAGGCGACUGGUAGGAUUUUUAGCUGAAAAUAAGACAUUUUGCUACGACGAGAGUUUCUCAUAUCCAGACUCUCUCACCAACCUCACAGUUAAGAUGAGGGUCUCCGGUGUGGAGGCAGAGGGAGAAUACAUCUGUGAGUUUUCAUCAAAUGAAGAAGAUGUUUCUGACAGUGUAAUCCUUACUGUAGUAGCCAGGCCUGAUAUACACACGCUGGUGAAUGCAGAGACUAUCAACGGCACUCACUACCAGUCGGUGUCAUGCUCUGCUGUCGGUGGCAGGCCCACACCUCAGAUCAGUUGGUUGGUCGAUGGCGUUUCUCCCUCAGAUUACCCCUUUGUUGUGGAGACAAGUGAAACGCUUCACUCAAACGGCACCUUGACCCUGAGCAGCAUCCUCCGCUUCCCCACUCACCACCUGGACGACGACAGUGUGACGUGUGUGGUCCAACACCCAACCCUCCCUAACCCCAAACUCACUACAGUGAGGGUGGAAACCUACGUGAGGCCAAAUGUGACCAUUAAAGCAGAGAUGGUACAACAAGGAGGAAGUGAGUUCUGGGUGGUCUCUUGCAUUUCAUCUGGAGGGAGACCUGACACUGACAUCUCUUUGGCUUUGAACACCGAGAAGCUGGAGAUAGUGAAUGACACAGACUCACAGACACAAACAAUCUCUUUCCACCUCCCUGCAACAGUGUUUGAGGGGCGCAACGUCACCUGUGUGUUUGACCACCCCAAAUUUACACACAAGGAGACACGAGUCAUAACGCUGCCAUCAUUUUAUUUGUCAGGAGUUCAGUUGUCUGCAAGGGUGGGAAAAAACAGUGAUCAUAUCCAAGCUGCUGAGUCUUUAGAGCUGAAGGAAGGACAGAGUGACACUGUUAUCGACCUGGAGGUCAUUGGAAAUGUGCCACGUUACAGUAUUACUUGCAAAAAAGAUGAUGGGCCCUUGCCUGAGGGCGUGAAGCUGGGUAGCAGCAGCCUCACCAUUCAGGGUCCUGUGGAACAUCAGCAUGCUGGCGUCUAUGAAUGUGUCACCUCCUAUCACCGUUACAACGCAACGCUGCAGUUUAACAUCACAGUUAAGCGUGUUCCACCCACAAUAAGAGUUGAUUUGCAGACUGAAGAUGGACGCAGUCUGAUUGAGUGCUCAGCAGCUGAUGCUGUUCCUGCAGCCAACAUGUCCUGGCUUCUACCAGAGGGUGUGUCUGGAGUCUCUUGGUUCAAUUUCACUUCCCAUAAUGGAAGCCAUUCUGUCAGGGGAGUUUUACUCCUCCCUGCCUGCUCGCUUUGGGAACUCACUGCAGAGUGUGUGAUAAAUCACCCUGCAUUUGAGGAGCCAGAGAACAGAAGCAUAAAACUCCCUCUUUGCGCUCGCCCAAACAUCACCCUCAACUCCAGCACUGAGUGGAGAGAUGGUGACGAGUACACAAAGGUGGACUGCUCUGUGGACAGUGUUGCCCCUGCAGCAACCAUAACCUGGCAUGUUGGAAACAGUGACAGCAACAACAGCAUCAGUCACCUGACGGAGACUCAAGUCCAGGCUGAUGGUUUGGUUUCGGCCCAUAGCUCUGUGCAUUUCCUGUCUUCUUUGUAUUCUGGUCAGAAUUUGACCUGCAUGGUGGAGCAUCCGAGCUUGGAAGCGCCUGAGAAAAACACAAUACACAUUCCAGUGCACAGAGCCCGUCUGCUGAGUGUGUCUGUAGUGAGACAGCAGGACUCUCCUCUCUGGCUGGCAGUGUGUGCCUGCAGCGGGGAGGGUGUCGGGGCUAACCUCAACUGGGUCCUUGAAAAUGCCAAAGGCCAAACGUCUCUGCACUCAGAGUAUGAAGGGCGCGCCCUGAAAGUUAGGCUGACUUAUCAGUUUCCUCUGGCCCUUCAUGAGGGGCAGGACCUGACCUGUGUGUAUCAAUUUGAACAUGGGCUCACAAAGAGGAAGACCAUUCAUAUCCCCAGAUACUAUAUCUCCUCUGUGAGAGUCCUGAACCACACGACGCCUCUGCAAAGCCGCUACGGUGGUGAACCUAUCAUACACAGACUGACACUCAAAGAUAAUCAUCACAACCAGAGAGUACUGCUGCAAGUUGAUGGCAAUGUGCCAGAAUAUAACCUCAAGUGUCAAAGGAGUGAUGGCUCAUUUGUGAAAAUGGAAGGGGUUGCAAUGGUCUUCCAGUCAGAGCUCACAGAGCAGGAUGAAGGACUGUACACCUGCCGGGCGUCCUUCUAUCAUCACACAGCCGCAGUCAACAUUCAAGUGGAGAUUAUGAGCGAGGACAGACUGUUUGGACUGUUGACCGUGAUCUGCAUGUCUUCGGCCUCGGCCAUCCUUCUCAUCCUCAUUGUCAUUCUCUGGGUGUUCUGCAAAAGAUAUCAGGAGACACAACAUAAGAGGAAGGAGUCUUCGUCAGCCUUGACAACUCUGAUGCAGGAGCCUGGCUCUCCUGAGGGGAAGAAACCAGCAGCAGUGACAGAGAAAGACUGUAAGGAAUUCACGCAGCUGGUCAGUUACGCCAUAGUCAUUGACGUCAAGAGUACGGUGUGAAGAUAAAAGCGCUUUGCAGGGCUUUUUUGUAUGAAACAUUCAGCUUUUCAUUGUGCAAGAACAUACAGUAUAGUAUGAAGGCUACUGGCACUGCAGCAUUAUGAUUUAAGUGUAUUUGUAUGUAACUUGUACAGCUGAGGAAGCAUGUAAAGUGAGAGGAUUCUUUGUUUAUGUACUGAAACAUCCCGACCUGUGAAGUUUUUUUGUUUUUUUAUUUUUUAUAAUUGACAGGCAUUAAUGAUUAUAAAUGAGAAACUAUUGCACUUAUUCAUCUUACUUGAAUUUUGUACUGUCUUUAUACACAUUGUAUUUUCAGAUGUAUUUUUUUGUUUUCAGUAUUUGUCAAUAAAGUCAUUGAAAUAUAAAUUAUUUCCAUGUUUUUUGUUUUGUCCAGUUUGCAUCCAACAACUUAUUACUGUACCUUCAUCCCUAAUACAGUAGAGAUGACAGUGGAGUACAGUAGAGUGACUUAACUCAUCAGCUGCCUUUUUGAUAUUUUUGUUCGGCUAAAUUAGUGACAACCAUCUGGUGUGACAACAGGAGUAACUCUAUAAAUGCAUUUUUAUACAAUGUAUAAUCCAGAUGCAGAAAGAUUCAUCUCCAGAUCAUCCACCCACAUCAGGUUGCAGCAGUGUUACUACGCCCUCUUGUGGUAAAUGAUUACACAAACAGAUGAGUGAAUAAGCCUAUUGUCACCACAUAAACUAGUGUUCUUUGUGGACUUUACGUUGGAAUUUUCUACCAUCCAUCUGCUUUUGAGUUUCUGAAGAGUUCAUUAUAUGUUCUCUAACGAAGGAGUAAUUUUCAGUGUAUCAAAGCCAUAAUGUCACAAUGUACCUGACCAAUAAAACUAAAUUAGUAGAAUUAUGAGGCCUUGAGCUCCAUAAGAAAUACUUAUCAGACAGCAGAAUGAUUCAUUUUUUGAAAAUGUAUAUUUCAGAAUCAUAACACAUUUUUUCAGUAUUUUUUCAUAUGAAAAUCUUAACAUUUACUUAUUUUUGUAAAACUGACUAAAUUAGUGGGCUGCCUCCAGUAUGCCAUCCAUUUCAUUCCAAUCAAACACCACAAAAAGCUGAUCAGCACAUAAAUGGACUGCAUUUAUACUGUAUAACACUUAAUACAGUAAUAAUAAUAAUUUCCCUCUCAAUCAUCAAUCAUUCACACACACUCACAUGUGAGCUUACAUGCAAGGCAUCAAUCAAACCGUCAGGAGCAACUUGUGGCUCAGUGUUGACAGGAGGAGCCAGGAAUUUAACAGCUAUCAGUAGACAGUCUGCUUUAUCUGCUGAAACAUAGCCAGAUACCAGAAACAAUGGUACCAAUCAAUGAAAUCACCCUAACUGGUGUUUGCUUAGGAAGGAAACGUACUUGGGCAUUGAUGGCACAUGACUGCAGAGCUUUGUAUUACAUGAAAAAACA